UAAAUGGAAGGAUAUAGCCAGUUGAAUUUAUCCAUAGUUCCAUUCAGGGAUAAAAUUCCAGUGAUUAGCUCUGUUGAGUUUGAACCAUGAACCAAUAGGAAUACAACUGAAUACAUCAAAGCAUUUUGUCAUUUACUUUAAUAUUUCAGCUACUACUACAGUCCUUAAUUAAUUGUAAAAGUAGAUUUCAUUCUACAUUAAGAAUAAGGGAACUAUUUUGUAAGGGAAGUAGAAUGAAAUAUAUCCAGGGGCACAUGCUACCUGUAAUGAUUUUGGAAAUUUGUAUUCUGUUCGUUUUACCAAGAUAUCUGGAGAUGAUGGAGGUAGAGGUGGUAUUGGUUGUGAUGAAGAUGAGGAUGAUGGGGUGAUGCUGACAACAGUGACAGCUAUGAUGGCAAAGAAUUCUAACGUUCAUAUUAAUUACUGGACAUUUACACAAAAUCUUUCAAAAUUUUGAGAAAAAAAUAAAUAUAAUACAACUCUCAAGAAAAUUCCUAUCUAGUUGCAGGCAAGAAAAAAAAGUUUUUAAAUACUUGGCUUAGAGAAUAUUUCCAAAAAGAGAACAAUGAAAUAGUGUUACAAAGUAAUGUGUAUUACUUGCAUUCACACUGAUUGGUAAAAAUUUUCACUGGUAGCAUUUGAGUCAUGGCUAGUAGCUUUUUGAGAUUUAAAAAACAUUUUUGCUUGUAUUGGGAACUAUUUCAGAAUGAAAUUACUUACAUGUUUUUAAGUUCAUCAAUGGCAAAAAUUAAACCUUCCUGUUAUCUUAUCCAAGACUCUUAUUGAAAUAUCAAGAAAUCCUUAUUGAAAACAUCUAAAACCAUUGGGGUUAACUUCUCUUUAACCUUUGAAAUACAUUGCAUAUUCCACAAAGAAUCUAUUCAAAAACCCGAAACAAAAGAUGGAACAAGAAAAAAACUUGAAUUAAAAAGAGACCAAAAUUUUAUUCCAGUUCAAGGAAAUUACCAUCUUAGAAGUGUUAUUUCUUUUAAUUUCAGUUAUUCAUUAAUUCAUCAACAAGGCUUUAGUUAUUUACUAAUAAAAGAAAAUAUUAUUUGCCUCUGUCAAAAGAAGACAAAAAUUAUUCCGUUUUCCAUUUCUUCUUAAAGUGCUCUGUAUUAUAAGAGUUAAGACAGGAUUCUGUGUUUCAAUGGCGUCGUCAGCCAAAAAUACAAUAUCAAACUUGAAAUGAAAACACAAAUCAUUUUAUAUAGUGACAGCUUCGAAAAAAAUUCGUUGAAAUGAUUGACAUCUCUGUGAGAAGGUCCUUGCUCAGCCAACAUUUCUUUUUGUUAGCUUGUUAUAUUGAUUGAAAACCUGCCGAUGGCAACGUGGCACACUGCUUGCAAUAUUGAAUACAAUGAAAAAGAUUCUGUUCAAUAAAUCUAGAUAUUUUGUCUAUACUUCUCAACACAACAUAUUUUUCUCUCCAAUUAAUUUAAUUGCAUUUUACACAAUUGUUUAUUCAGAAAAUUUUAUCAUGUUGGUGUCUUUUCUCUAAUUUUCUAAUUAGUUGGUAUUCUUUCGCAUAUUUUCCACAUGUUCUGAUAAAAAAAAAAGUCUAGAAGAAAAUUCAAUAAUGAUUUUGCAACUUGACAGAAUAAAAAAAAUAUUAAAAAAAAGAAAAACAUAUCCAAUACUAAGAAGAAAUCAAUACUCCUUCCCCUGGUAUUGAUUAUUGAAUGGGAAACAUAUUUGUAUUUCAGGAACGUUCCUCUCAGAUAUAAAAUGGUUAUUGUGAAUUCUUUAUAUCAAUUUUGUAUAAAAUUGCAUUAGCAAGCAGUAGUGUCCUUACUACAUGGACUUUGAAACCCUAUAAAUGUUUGUUUAAGACUAUGAAUGCAACUUGCUAGUGAAUAGCAUUACUUCCUCACUUAAUAGUUUUCUUUUAGUUGAAGUGAAAAUGAUUUUUAUUUGAUAAAAAUAUUUCAUAAUAUAACUGAAAAUUUGACUAUUGAAAUUUACCUUAUCUUUUCUUUUUAUUAGUUUGUUAAAAAAUUAAGCACUAAGAUAAUAAGUGAGUCAUAUUUCUGUCUGCUCAAGUUGUAAGCAGCUCAAAUUAGAGACAUUGGUUUGGUUCCUUUUCAUGUGACCUCUAGGCAGCCUGUCAUUGGCUGUUACACACACUACACACACACCCUACAUGGUAAAACUACAGGUCUCUCUCUCUCUCUCAUAUUCACACAACUCACACCAACAGCAGCAGUAACUGUAUAACUCUACAGCAGGAUACACAUUUCAUGUAAAAACAGACUGCAGAAGAUUUAUUUGUAACAAAGUCUUUUAAUUCAUCAUUUCAAAUAAAAUUAGAAGUAUAUAUAAAAAAAAAAGGUGACGACAUCAUAUUACUUUAUUUCAUUGUGGAUGAUGACUCUCUUUGGAAUAAUGUUGAUACAGGUAUUCGCAUUACUGCAUGUAUUGCAUAUGGCGGAAUGUGUGGAUUUCAUUUAUUAUCUGAAAGAAAGCAAAAGUCCUGGAACUUACAUAGGUGAUAUUGGAGUUGAUACCAAUCUGAUGGACAGUAUAUCCUUGAUAGAUCGCAAUCUAAUACGCUUCAGUCAACUAGAAAAAGACAUAAGUAAUAACUCCCAGCUCUUUAAUGUCUCCAAAAGAGGGAAGUUGUACACUGCACAGACACUGGAUGCUGAGUCUCUCUGUAAAUAUAAUACAGAAUGCUUCAAAAUGGUAGAUAUUGCAGUAAGAAAGAAAAAAUCUUUCAUAAAAAUAUUAGAGAUUAAAGUAGUUGUAGAAGACAUUAACGAUCAUCAGCCUGAAUUUUUUAGCAAUCAGGUAAACCUUCAGUUUUCUGAAGGAGAUAAGAAAGGAACCACCAGAUCAAUUCCAAACGCCAUUGACAAGGAUAUUGGUUUGAAAAAUUCCAAAAUCACUUAUUUCUUGUCAAAAAAUAAAGACAACUUAUUCAGUUUAGCUCUCUCUAAGAGACUUGAUAAUUCAUACUCACUUGGAAUAACCUUGGAAAAAGAACUUGACCGUGAAAUGAAAGAUUCUUUUAUGCUUCAAGUUAUUGCCAGAGAUGAAGGCUCACCUACAAAAGAAGGAAUAUUAAAUGUGAACAUAUCAGUAAGUGAUGUUAAUGAUAACUCCCCUGUAUUUACCCAAAAUGUGUAUAAUGUUUCCGUGAACAAUCAACAUCAGAUUGAAAAACCUGUUAUUACAGUACAUGCAGUGGAUUCAGAUACAGGAAAAAAUAGUAAAAUUUUAUAUCAUUUUAGCUCCAAGACAUCAGAUCUUGUUAAAAAUCAUUUUGAACUAGAUAAGACAACGGGAGAUAUUUUCAUUAAAAAAAAAAUGACUUCAAGGAAAAAGCUGACAUAUAAGUUAUUCAUCGAAGCUCAAGACGGAGGCAGUCCACCGUUAAGUUCUAUCGCUAUGGCUUUAGUAAAUGUUAUCAACCAACAAAACAAUGCACCUACAAUAGAUGUAAACUUCUCAGAGUCAACUGGGAAUACAGCCACUAUUUCUGAGGAUAUUGAAGUUGGCAGCUUUAUUGCUUACGUUAAGGUCACAGACAAUGAUAUUGGACAGAAUGGGGAAGUUACCUGUGACCUUUUCCAUGAAAAAUUCCAGCUUCAGAAUUUAGGCAAAAAGAAAUACAAGUUAACCGUAAAGAAUCCGGUUGAUAGAGAGAAAAAAAACCAUAUUGAUUUUACUAUCACUUGUAAAGACAAUGGAUUACCAUCUCAAAGGACAGAGAGAAAAUUCUCUAUCCAAGUAAUGGAUGUCAACGACGUACAACCACACUUUACUAAAGACACGUUCAAGUUUUUGACAUAUGAGAAUGAAAAGUCAAAUUUUCCUGUUGGAUUCAUUAAUGCUAGUGACCCUGAUCUGGGACUUGGAGGUCAGCUAACCUUUACUUUGUUGAGUAGUGAUAAACAUGUACUGCCUUUUAAGAUUUCUAAUUUUGGAUUUAUUUCUACCACUUUAUCAUUAGAUCAUGAACAACAAAAAAUCUACAAAUUUAAAGUUUUAGUCAAAGACAAUGGAACACCCUCACUAAACAACACUGCAACUGUUAUUGUUGAAGUCAUGGAUGAAAAUGACAAUCCUCCCUAUUUUAUAUUCCCAAGUGUUAACCCUUCUAAUUUAGAUGUUCACUACCAUCCAAAAAGUAAAAACGAUAUUACAGUUCUUAGGGCCUCUGACAGAGACAGUCAUGUAAAUGCUUUCCUUCGGUUUGAAAUACUUGGAGGUAAUGAAAAACAGUUAUUUACAGUCAACCCACAUUCUGGUAUCCUGUCUUUUUCUCGACCAGUUUACCAAAAUGAUGCAGGAUCAUAUGAAUUAAAAUUAGUUGUGAAAGAUAGUGGCACACCAGUUUUGUCAACAACGACCACGUUAUUUUUAACACUCACUGUUAGCAAUACAACAUCCAAGAUGUUCACAGCUGUAGAUCAACAAUCAGAUGACAUGAUCCACAUAAAUCUAUUCAUAAUCAUUGUAAUUGCAGCUGUAACUGUAUCCCUUGUCCUCGUAGUUUCAAUUACAGUAUGCAUCGUUCAGAGACAUAAUCAAAGGAAUAUCCGGUGUAGUAGUGGUGUAGAUCAUUCAAGCAAAUUUGUGGAUCAAAGUAGACAAACUCAAUAUUUUUGUGAACAAAUGUCAUCUGAUUAUGAUGUACCUGUGGCAAGUUUGGCACGUUUACAAAAUGAAAAAACAUCCACAUUAGGACCAAGAGAAGAGCUUCAUUCUAGACAAGAUCUAACACAUAAAAGAACUAACCUGGCUAUUGGAGUUCCUUGUCAGGCAACAACCGAGGGAAUGCACCAGGCAACUAAGAUACCAGGUCAUAAGAAACUUGAUGAGGCAGCGGUUCACAUCCCAUAUCGCUACAGUGAAACAUCCACGCUGUCAGGAAUUGACAGUGGAAGUGGAUGGGGUGAUGAUGGCAGCGGACGCAAGGAAGAGUUGCCAGGCCUUAAGACUUGUCGACCUGGAAUGAACCAAAGUCUCGACAGAAGGACUUUGCCUCAAAUAUUUAGUGGGAAAAAGAAUUUAAGCAUUUCUUCUCAACAUGCUAACAAACUGGAUACUGACACUCACUGUAAUGAUAUAAUUAAUUUAAAAUCUGCCCAGGCCCUUUGCCGGAAUUCUGAAUUAGCAGCCCAGUCUCGGAGUUUACCAGUCAAGAACAGUUUCACCACCUACAGUAAACCUUUACCAGCGAUACCAAAGCUACCAUAUUCCUAGACUUCUUAGACUUGCACUAGCAAGAAAAUAUUCAGGUAACAAUGAUAAAAAUAUUUUGAAUAUUCAGCAGACUUUAAGACAAAAAAAAACACAUUAUUUUCAUGUAAUUAGAGACCUGAUUCCAACAAAUCUACCUAAAAACAUUAUAUAACUAUACAAUUUAACAACCCAUUCAUUAUGUAUUCUGUUUCUUAUUGAAAAUAAGAAAAUGUUUUUCAACCAUUUUAACAUUAAGAAAAAAGUUCUAGAGAAUCUGUUUUGAAAUGUAUAUUAGGGAAGUCUAAAAAUAAAUUAUAAAUCUUCAACAGGCAAAAAAGAAAAAAAAACAAAGAAAGAAGAAAAAGAAAUAUUAGAAAAGAAAUUGUCCAAAAUUUCUACAAGUUAUCAAUUAUAAAUUCUACUCAAAAUUGGAAAUGCACUAAAGAAAAAAACAAAAAGAAAAGGAAAGAAAAAGAUUGACAUGUGCAGGCUUCAAUAUAGAUUUAUUUAAAUAACUAAAAAAACUUGUAAAAAAAUGUUUGAAUCAUUGUCCAUUUUAUAAAAUUUAAACUUUUCAAGUAUUUAACAUUUUCUAAUUUUCAGAAAUUUGAUGUUUUGCUUGUUAAAAAAAAAUGUAAUUAAUCAUAUUUGACAUUGUUUUAUAAUGAACUGAUAUUCAAAUUACUACUACACUAAUUGACUUACCGUUAUUUAUUAACAACCAUUACAUACAUAUUUGACUCUUCUUGGUGUUAAAUCAAUCUGAUGGUUUACUGGUAAGUCACAAUACUUUGGUAUUUGUGACCAUCCAUUUGUUCAAUGAAGAGUAUCUCCACUAAAGGGAUUUUCAACGAUAGAUAAAUUUCCUUCUCAUAUAUGGACCCUGUAUGAAAA